AUGUCCAACUCCACCAUCAACUUCUACGCCCUGCCUCAGUCCUUCAGCAUCUCUGAUAUCAUCGUCAUAGCAACCUACUUUCUCCUCAACCUCGCUGUUGGCAUCUGGGUGAGAGUCGGAGGAGUAAAUGUGUGUAUGUUCAGUUUAAAUGCGUGUGUGUGUAACAGUUUCCUCUGUCAGUCAUCAUGCAGGGUGAGCAGGAACACUCUGAGCGGAUACUUCCUGGCUGGACGGGACAUGGCCUGGUGGCCGGUGAGUCUGACGUAACACUUCACUGUUUCUGGAGGAGCGUCCACAUUUUACUGAAAGUCUCUGAUUUAUGGAUGGAGCUCUCAGCGAUCACUGAGUUUUGGCCGACCUGAGAGAGGCUGCUGGUGCAUGUUGGAUGUUGAAUCUGAAUGUGGGCGAGGUUUCAAAGUAUGAAGUAAACAUGUUCUGGAUGAGACUGCAUCGACUUGUUGAAAAAGUCACAUGAGAAAAAAGCCAGAGGGGCACGAGAACAUCUCUGACUGACGGUGAACCCUCUUAAAGGAGUCGAUCUUGAUCUGUUUUUGUUGUUUUGGAUUAGAGGCUUUAUCCCAUGAUGUUUCAUUUUGAGUGUAAAAAAUUUAACUCUUUAGCAUGGUAACAGUGGAGGAGGCCUCUGGAGUGCUGGGAGGAUCUUAAAGAGACAUUAACUAAAGAAGAAAAUCUGAGAUGAAUGGAUUUCUUUAUUUCAUCUGAACUAGAUCAGACUUCCUCCAGCAGAAGUUACACUCAGAACUUGUUGGUACUACUUUAGCUCAGCUCAGGUCCAAAUGAACAUCACAAAAUGACAGAUUUUCAUUCGAAGGACAUUAAAGACGGAUAAAUGUUUGAAUAAAAACAAGAUUGUUUCAGGUGGUAAUCCUGUGACGUUAGAGCCAAAUGAGAGAUUCAGUCAAGAUCAUCCUGAUAAAAAAAAAAAAAAGUUCAAUCUAGUUUCACAGUUUGACUCAACUUAGGGCUGGGCGAUAUGGGAAAAAGUUUAUCAUGAUGUAUUUUUUCAUAUCAGUCAAUAUCAAGAAAUAUCAGGAUAUAAAAAAAUGAAAUUUAACAGUGUUUAUUGGUAGCAUGUCUUUUUCAAUACAAUAAUCUUCUGCAUCUGUGAGGUCUUUGACGUUUUGUCGUAAGGCGUUACCUUAGAGAAAGCAGACUGAAUGGUCGUCUGUUUCAGCUGCACAGGCGCCAUGGGCUCCUUGCUCUGCUCGGGGUUUGUAACCUUUAGCGCUGUGCGUGCUCUGCGGCGUGGCGCUGCUUCAGGUGGUGAAAAAAAAUUGAGGUAUUCCCCGACUUUACGAGAACAUGUACUCGACAUAAACCAAAAUACCUCCACACCACCACGUUUUCGUGCCAGUGUUGUUGACGAUGUGGUCAUCUGUUGAGCCUUCAUGGUCAUUUCUGUCGGGGGGUAUUUUCUUUUUUUCUCACCAACAGUGCUGUCGGCUUCACGUGUUUAAGUGCUACGGUUAAGUGUAGCUGCUGUCUGCUACUACACAGUUGUUUGUGAAGCGGACCUGAAGCAACUCCCCUUUUCAUUGGCUAUUCGUAUAGUCUAUCAAAACAUGGCAGAAUGCCGACUAUCGAAAAGGAUAUCGACCAUGUUUCAUAUCAAUAUUGAGGGAAAUUAAUUUUUGAUGCAUAUCAUUUUCGCCCAGCCCAACUGCAGUCGCCCAACUCGACUACAAACUCCCUCCGCCACAGGACAACUCUACUCUGCAGUGACGAAUUUAGACGUUUAUGAUGAUAAAGGAGGAACUAAACAUGAAAAACUGUAUUAUUAUGUAAAUACUUCACUGUACUGCAGCAGAGUAUAUUUGGAUCACGAGUUUUAUUUUUCUGAGUACCUGUUUCAUCGCAGAUUGGAGCGUCUCUCUUUGCCAGUUCAGAGGGAUCCGGGUUGUUCAUUGGACUGGCUGGGACUGGAGCUGCUGGAGGCAUCGCUGUCACUGGCUUUGAAUGGAAUGUGAGCAGACACACACACACACACACACACACACACACAGACACACACACACACACACACACACACACACACACACACACAUCAAAGCUUCAACAAAACAUUACGAGGUAUUUUCUAAUCAUCUAUUAGUGUCCAUAAACUCAGCACGCUCUGGAGUCCUUCCUCGCUCUUUUAUUGUGUUUCUGGUAUUUAUAGGACCGGACCAGCAAACAAAGACCUUGUGUGUUUAAAGCAUCCACAUUCAGUCUUAGUGAAUCCUCUCUGACUAUUGAGGAUUGUGUUUCAGUGUCGAUGUAAAGUCAAAUUCACUCAAAUAGUCUUGAAUGAUGCAUCUCUUCACUGUGCUGGUCGUCCUUUAUUGGCUCUUGCAGGCUUCUGGCUGCAGGGGGCAGCACUGGAACGUUUUUACUGCCACCCAGCUGGAGUAGAUAGAUGUGCACAACAACGGCAGACAUGGUUACGCAGAUAAAACUCGGACCUCAGUGUGACCACUAAGACCAUGAGGCCCUCACACAGAUGUUCGGACACGUCUGCAGAUUCACCUCUUUCUCUUCACUUCCUGUCUCUUUUUCUCAGGCAACUUAUGUGCUGCUGGCCCUGGCCUGGGUGUUUGUGCCUGUCUACAUCUCCUCAGGGGUUAGUCUGCACUUUCUCUCUCACACACACACACGCACACAUGCAUACACACACACACAUGCAUGCAUACACAAGAGGUUGUCAGUCUGCUUGUUAAGGCUGGUUCAGCAGGUACAUUCGGUGCCAAGAGACAUUCCCUCUAUCACUAUUCCCCGCCUUUCAAAUUCCCCAAGAGGGUGUUACAUUACUCCACACACACACACACACUCACACACAAACACACACACUAACACACACUCACACAAUCAACUGUCUUCGAGGAAACAUAAAUUACUGUAUUUACACAACUGUUGCACUGAAAACAGUGUGAACAAAUAAAACUAGGUUCCUAAACCCGUCCAGAACUUCUCCAGUGUGCCCCUCCUGUGUAGCUAUUGUGCUGAAACAUGUGUGUGUGUGUGUGUGUGUGUGUGUGUGUGUCUUCAGAUCGUCACCAUGCCAGAGUACCUGGGCCGUCGUUUUGGAGGGGAGCGGAUCAGAACCUACCUGGCUGUACUCUCGCUGCUGCUGUCCGUCUUCACAAAGAUCUCAGUACGCUCCACAGUGAGGCAUCAUCACGAUCAGCCUGAUCCAGACCUACUGCUGCUGACACGUGUGUGUCUGUGUGUGUGUCUGUGUGUGUGUUUCCUCCCCCAGACUGACCUGUACUCUGGAGCUUUGUUCGUCCAGGUGUGUCUGGGGUGGAACCUCUACCUGUCCACCGUCCUCAUGUUGGUGGUUACUGCUCUCUACACUAUCGCAGGUGAACAAAUGACGCAGUGAGGACACACAUCGACUAUAACCCACCUCAUACUUUGUGGUUAUGACCCCCAACUCUCCUUCCAGGGGGUCUUGCUGCUGUGAUCUACACGGACACUCUGCAGACCUUCGUCAUGAUAGUUGGCGCCAUCAUCCUGACCAUCACCGGUUCGUACAAAUGUCACACAUGAGAAAGUCUUUUUCUAGAAGGAUCGGGUCUGUGCUGGAGUUGUGUGUUUCCGAUCCACAGCCUUCAACAAGAUCGGCGGCUACGGCAACCUGGAGCGUGUGUACAGCAUGGCGGUGCCCAGUAAGAUCAUUCCCAACAGCACCUGCCACCUGCCCCGUCAGGACGCCAUGCACCUGUUCAGAGACGCCGUCACUGGAGACCUGCCCUGGCCCGGCAUGACUCUGGGACUCACCAUACUGGCCACCUGGUACUGGUGCUCUGACCAGGUACACUUACACACAAACUGUUAAAGUAAGGGGCUGAGAACGGCACUGGGGCAGAUAUGCCGUAAAAUGCACUUCCCAGGAUGACCACUAGGGCCCCCAAUGAACGUUAUCACCGCAACAAGCAGCAGGAAAGCUCUCUGAAAAUAAAUGAGAUACACAGAUACUGCUGAGCGUUACGUCUGUUACAUCUAUAUAGAAUGGACGCCAUCUGCCUCAUCGCUGGGUGAAGCCACUCCAAGAACAGCACCCUCUGGUGACGGGCUGCAGUAUAGGUCAUAAAUCCCGCUCCUUAUGGAGCUGUGGACAAACUUUAUAAAUUAAUUCCACAGGAUAUAAAUGUCCCCCCCCCCUGGUUGUGAUGUUGACAUGUAGUUACUGUCAGACUGGUUUGUGCUCAAGUCCUCUUUUUUCUGUGAAUCUCCAUUUUUAAAAGUUAUUAGGGGGUUCAUGUUUGCUAUGAUUGACACUUGAUACAGCCUAUGGGCGUACGAAGAUUGCGUAGCUCACCCUGCAGAUACGCUGUUUGAGCCAAGCGUCAUCACAGCGACUCUCCCGCCGAAUGCGAACAAUGCUACUGCGCAACAUUGGUUCCGGGAAGUGGAGAAAAAACCCAUAAAUACUGAGAGCAAUUUAGCUUCAAAUUCGUAUAAUGAUGGAAGGCGAGGCCAAGUUGAAUAGAGAGGCAGAAUACCUUUAAAGGGGGCGUCUCUGUACACACACAAUUGUUUAUUAAAAUGGGGUAAUCUGCAAAAGAAGAUAAAAUACGACCCAUCCACUUAUUCCCUUAAAACUCUUGACCUUUCAAGACAGAAACAAAUUGAUCAAAAAUGGUCUUUCCAUCAGAGUUAGCAUAAAAAAAGUCUAUUCUGUUGUAGACCACCCGUAAAACUGUUAUUUAAUGAUCCAAACACGGAUUUCUGUGCCACUGCUCUCUCACUGAAACUAAGAUGGCAAACUACCGAACCCUCAGAGCAGCCGAAAAUGAAACCUGUGGUUAGAUUGCUAUGGCAACCGUUUCCAAGGCAAAAAGUGAGAAACCUCAGGGCGGCAUCCGUUUGGUUUUUUGUCUGUCUGUGCCGCCUCACGCCACUCAAGUUGAAGCAUUUACAAGUCUUGCCAACACAGGAUUCAUCAAUUCCUCGAGAGAGUCGAUCAUUCGUUGAUUUUCCUCGAUUGUGAAAUCAAUAACAUCAUUUGGUCGACCCAGUUUGUCUUUUUAUUUAAAACCGUCCCUGGACUCCCACAUUAGUGAUUAAAACUCUUCGCUCUGUACAGGAAAUCCAUUACAAACAUUAGCCCCACCCUCAAACAUCAGUAACCAAUCACAGUGGUAUCAACACUACAGCGGGGGAAACAUGUCACAGAUACAACACAUUAGUCUGUGCUGGUUACAGUACAAAACUCUGAGAAGAACAGCCGUUGAGGUAAUGAUCGAAUCUUUGUUAAAAGGAUUAUGUACAAGUGUCGCACCGUCACAGUGUCUCUGAAGACUCGCACCCAUCUGCUCACGGUACGAGUCUCGGCACUAUUCAUGAGUAAAUGAAGUAAACCGAGUUUUAUCUACAUGUUGGAAUCAUCAAAAAUAUUCACUUCUGCGUCUAAACAUUCAACAAGUCAAAAGUGUAACGACACGAUUAAACCAUUUUAGGGGAAGGUCAUGUGAUUCCUUUACACGCAAAACCAUCAACUCAAACCCACGCUGAUAAAGUCCAUUAUCGCCGUCGCAGAGUUCCUGUUCGUGGAGCCCGGCGCUCUAAAAACAGGAAAUCUCUUCGUUUGAUUCCACUCUCAGCGUCCAACCACCAUUUUGUACAUGUGCCGGUCGACGGUUCUACCUGGUCACCUUGUUAUUCUGCGCCGGUUUCCUCUGGGUCGGCCCGGCUUUCGCCCUCAAGUGUUUUAAGUUAUUCAGUUUGGAGUAGGACACCCCGAGUAACGCUGACUGGUUGGCCGUCUGCUGUGCCGAGGCGGGAUCUGUCUUCCUGUAACCAGGACUGUGGCGUCUCGGGGACCGGCCGGAGCGCUGCUCUGUGCGCAGCUGAGACGAAUCAGACUGCAUACCUUGGCCUUGCCAGUAACGGUGUCCUCCAAUCACAGGGCCAGCUGCUCGAGCGGGGCGGUGAAAACUUCCUGGUUUAGCGAUGACGACUUUGUUGCCUCUGAGUCGUGCGUCACGGCCGGGAGAUCUCGAGCUCUGGAACAACUGGACAUGGACAAGAGACAGAGGGAGACAUGUCGGUUACCAUGGAGUCGGUUACCAUGGAAUCGGUUACCAUGGAGUCGGUUAUCAUUGACCAUUAAUCAAAGAAUCGAUGUUUUAAAUCUAUCGCCUGUCUGUUCGUCAUUGACUCGUCAGAAACUUUUCUGUGCUUCUCCAUUUAAAUUAAUCGAAUAACUCCGAUAAUAAUUUUUAAUAAUAACGAUAAAGCUCGGACAAACAGUAUCACUCAAAGAUGUCCGUGUAAAUUUAGGUCGACGAUCUUCCUCUUCAACAGUUGAUCAAGUCUUUUAUUAACGUUAGUCGUCUUCAGUUGUACAAACGAUCAUCACCAUAGUUUUAGAAAGUUAACUCGGAAGUAAGAAGUCAGAGCUGAAAAUGACGUCACAUCUGAGUUCCCAGCGUUUCAGUUACCAAGUCGGAAAAAAGCAAAAUCGGAGGGACAAGAUGGCUACAUCUACGAGAAUUAUUUUAGCGCUUGUAUCGUCCGAAUAUAAGGCAAGAGCUAAAAUAACCGAGGUAACUCGAACGCAGCAUUACUCUUUGACGUACUUUGACCUUCUUCUGUUCGCACUCACUUUCUCUGCUAUCUCCUUUUCGUGUCCUAGAAGCUCCUCCCUGAUCAGAUCAUGUGACCUGUUGUUUAUUUUGCCGACUCUUCUCUACCACGCCUUUACUUCAGAGAACGUAUGUCAUUAUUCUCCAGAGCAGUAACCGUCACCGUGUUGUCUGUGUUUGUGUAGGUGAUUGUGCAGCGCUCCCUGUCGGCGAAGAACAUGAGCCACGUGAAAGGAGCGUCGAUCCUCGCCGCCUAUCUGAAAAUGCUGCCGUUCAUCUUCAUCGUCCUCCCCGGCAUGAUCAGCCGAGCUCUCUACCCAGGUGUGUGCACACAGAUGUAGGAAGGAGACACAGAAGGGUUGACCUGUUUACUGUAAGCAGGUAGUAACCUGCUCUGACAGCAGCGGCGGCGGAGGGACACGCCCUGUUUUUUAAGAUUUCAUAAACAUGUUGGCAGCAGAGCCUCUGUGUUCUCCUAAAUCACAGAAAUGAUCAUCUCACUUUAAGAGACAGAAGUUUAUUUUCAGAACCGUCUGAUUUAUGAGUCAGAACAAAACUUGAGGAUAAUCAGGAGAAAUGAAACCUUCGAUUUCACUUUAAAGGAUUUUGUUGGUAAACACCGAACAGUUUCACUUCCCUGCCUGUGGAUGUGAACGUCGUGUUUUUGGACACUAAAUUUCAUCCUGUCAAAACUGAAACUGUAAACAAAAGCACUUCCUGUUUACAUGCUGUCGAGUGUUUCCUCUGCUGAUAUAAUCACAUUUUAACUCCAGGAUUGUGAUCGUCAGUGUGGGUCAAAAUGAGGAUUAGUGAUUAUCUAAGCCUGUUUCAUAACCGCGUCUAAAUCUGGAGAUUGACUGACAGAUGAACGAGUGAACAAAGACUCAAACAUGUGGUCAUUAACACCAAACCUGCAGGACAUGAUAGGAGGGCCUGAAAGCCUGAUUCUGAUUGGUCAAACCCAAUAAUUGGUUCUGUUCACCAAACAUGACCUCUGACCGAGCGAAUGUCUCCGGCACUCACCUGUCCGAUGUGCCGGUGCGGUGAGCCGUGGGUUUGUCUGCGCAGCUGCUGUGAUUGGCGGAUCAGGUCGGCGCUGUCUUCUGGUUUGGUCUGCUCCCGUAAGUCCAGCAUGCUCUGGGAGAGGCGGGCCAUCAUGUUGACCCCAUCUCCGUGACGAUGACCCCGACCUGACCCUGUAGUCACGCCGUUGGUGAGCGGGUCUCUGGUUUCCGGCGGGGGGCAGUCGUAAAACUCCUCAUCUGAGGCGGUGGAGUUGCUGGAAGGGUCGUCGUUGCCGGCGCGGUCACAUAUGACCUUGGUGCUGUCCUGGCUGUCCUCGCCGCUGCCUGAGUCCCUGCCAUCGUCUUCUUUUGUCAUGGCAUUGCCGAGGCCCGCUUUCACCUCUUCCUCCUCCUCCUCUGAUUCCAUUUUCAUCAGGCUGACCUGUGGUUGGCCGGGCUGCUCUAAAGGGGCGGUGUCUAUGACCAGCUGCAGGGUGCGGGGCUUAGGAACGGGAGGCGCUGCAGUCUGCGGGUCCUGUGGCGCCAGUUUGGUCUCCUCUGUUGGUUGUGGCUCCGCAGGAACUGAUGAAGGAGUCUCUGGUUUUUGUGAGUCCGGUGUGACCGGAGGUUUCUGCUGCUGAGGAGGACCACUGGAAUCGGUCUCAUCGGUUUGGGUUUUCCCGGAGGUUUCCUGGGUCGGGUCUUUGUCCGGUCUUUUGGUCGGACUCACAGGAGAGGAGGCUUCUGGGCCUUUAGAGGGAUUCUCGGCUCUUCUUGCUUUUCUUGCCUCCUGGCCUAAAGCGAGUUCCUCGGUCUGGGCCGGCAGCUGCAGAGGUGAGGUGAAGCGUAUGGCCUGGCUGACCUCAAACCUCUCCGACCUCUGUAGGUGGACCUGAUUGGCUCGCUUUUCAUCCCUGAUGUUAAUGAAGCCAAUCACAUCGCUUGGCGGGUCCGGCUCUGGCCAGGUGGGCAGGUACGGGAUCAGGUAUGCCUUCUCCAGAUGUGCUAGUCCAGGAUGGAUGUUUGGCUCCUCGAUGACCCCCUUCAGACGUCCCUUAAUCAGCUUCACUCCCGGGAGAUUCUGUUUGUUUGAGUUCUGGUCCGAAGAGGCUUGGCUUGUAUGAGUUCCCGUAGCAACCAGGGCGUAUUUGGGAUUGACGAGUUUCCGGGCAAUAUUAGCUGGAACCGGAGCAGGAGCGCUGUGAGGGACCGGGUCAGGGAUCGGCUCAUCCUCCAUGGGAACUUUGUUGAGAGACACUCCUCUGGACAGGAGGAAGAGCUCCCGGAACUGCAGGUCGAAGGUCUCCACGGCCUGUCCGGUGAUCGCAGUGAUGAGGUUACGGUCCAGACGAGACGAGGACCAGGUGAAGCUGGAAAAACAUCGAGAUGCAGAUAUGAUCAAUCAGAACCAGAACCUUCAACACCUUCAGCUAUUAGACAAAAAAAACCCAGAAGGACAGAAAACAAAUCUCCAACUCAAGAGUUUGACGUAUGACUUGGAGUCUCAAAGAGAGAGAGGAAAUCGCUGCCGUUCCGGAUGCGGUGAAAGUUGGGGGGUUGGAUUCAGAGUGAACUUUAUGAAUGGUCUGGUCAGCGCUAACAUCAUCACUGUAUUUUCAGUGACCGGUAUCGUGAGCUUACAGUGAACCUUUUCACAAACGUGGUAAAAGUCCCGUUCAGGCUCUGACUGUUGGAGCAUUUUCUCGCCCCGCUUUUGUGGGCGGAGUUGUUGACAGUGAAGAGAGGGAAGAUUUACAGACACUUCCUCUCAGGUGUCUCAGGUAGACGUUUCUUUAUUUACCUCUGUUCAGUCCUGAGAUUAGGAAACUAAAUAAUCUGUGGAGAAUAUAAACGAAUGUAAACUGACUGACUGACAGGACGGUGUGAACGUGUCGACCUGUCCCUGAGAAAUCUUUAUUUUUAUUCACGUGAAACUCUUUAUUGUUUUAUUAGCGCUGAUAUCACUCGCUCUCAGGGCCUCCCUUGUUUCUGUAAAUUAUACUGACAGAGUAUCAGCACAGAUACAAAAGAAAUAAAGGUGAAAAUCUGCAGGUUUAACGCACUAAACCAAAGGAUCUCUGAGAUUUAUUAUUCCUUUUCCGUCCAUUUCCUCUCUUUUUAUUACAGCAUGUAUUGACGAAUCUCACUGUUUCUAAAGCAGUGGCCCUUUGUUCUCCUUUCUUUCUCUUUCUUUCUUUUUUCUUUCUCUUUUCGAUGACACCUCCUAAUCUAACGAUCGCUCUCAUUGGUUAAUGAUCACCCCUGGUAUUCUCACCUUGAAAUCAGGUUCUGAUUCUUGUUUUCUGUCACGUUUCUUUAACACUUUGAUUGAACUUUCCUCCUCCAGGUAUUGAUUAAUAUCGCAGACAGCUCUAAACCGUGAUAACAGUGAGAGCCUGUGUUUAAUGUUUAUCCACUAGUCAAUGAUUGAUCAGUGAUAUGAUAUCCAAGAGCAAUGCCCACGUGAUCAGCGAGUAUGAUUUGAUUUUUACUGAUGGGAGCAGCGGACUAAGCUGUCAGCCCGGUAUUGAUUGGUUAUCUUCUGUUAUCGGGUCGCUAAGAGACACACGUUCGGCUGCCUCUUUACAGUUUGGACGGGAUGAGAGUUCGGCUGAAACAACGACCAAAAAGGUACCAACAUGCAGGUCUAGAGUGGACGGGCUGCAGGUUCUGGUUUUAAAGAAGUUACGGCAGUUUUAGAAACACUGACCAUCACUGAGGUGCAUCACCAUGGCAACCUGACAGGUGCACUAAUAAUCACAGUGUCUGAUCAUGAUUGGCUGUAGGAAACCAAGAGUCCACGAGUCCGAUCCAGACCUGGAUUUGACUUUUCUUUAGUUAAACUUCAUGUAGACUGGGAGGGGGUGCAUCCUCAUCAUCAUCAUCAUCAUCAUCAUCAUUAUCAUUGUCACACUCACCUGUAUGAGCCGGAGAUGGCUCUGUCUCCAUCCACCAGGAGGAACCUCUCGUUCAGUGAUCCUCGCACCUUCUGAGCCGACCUCGUGAAGAACUCCACACCUCCGCAGCAGCGCACGCGCAGAUUCUACACAAACAAACACACACAUGCACGGCUGAGAGGUUAGCACCGUGUAAAAAGAGGAGGAAGGAUUUGAGAGAACAAAAGGGGCAUAAAGAGGCUGAGGAGGCCCAGAAGAAUGACUUUUUAAGAAGCUUGAAUUCUUCCAUAACCUCCUGACUCGACAGGUUGGAGCACGGCCUGUGUGGAUGUAUGUGCAUGCUUGUUGGACACACCCUGCUGUGUUUGUGAUAAGGGUGUGGUUCCAGGCCGAGCGUUUCCUCCUAAGUAAACGUUCUGUGUGAAAUCUCUCAGGAGACGCUGAGCACAGAAGUCAUGACGGUGACAGCAGAGAUGGCAGAUAAGAAAAAAGAGGAAGAGGAAGAAAGAUGAGAGGGAGAUCUGUCCGAGUCUGUCUCCUUUUGGUCUCCAAAGUCUAAAAAAGUUUGUGCUACAUAUAAUAAAAAAAUGUUUUUUCUGUUAGUGCCUGGACCAGUUCAGCUCGGGGAGGAAUAACAAAGACAUUCAGCCUCUGGUGAAAAAAAAACGAGCUGCUGCACGAACGCUGCCAAGAGCUGCAGGCCAAAACAUGUCACACCUUCAUCCUGGUCUGCCCCACUUUCAUUCAGCUCCCUUUUAUAGAGAUGAAAAUGUUCUGAAAAAAGUCUCUUUAAUGAAAAAGAAAAGUUCAUCUCAAACCUCGGACCUGGAGCUUUAUAAAACAAACAGCCUUUUAUUAUGACCUGCUUAUUAUCCAGAGGAACCAUCUAUGUGACCAACUCAUCCUCUCUCUAAUCAAAACAUCAGCUGAUCGUGUGUGUGUGUGUGUGUGUGUGUGUACGUGCCUUCAGGUGUCCACGGUGCAUAUCAGCUCUGCCGCACAUGGCGAGAAAACUCGGGACUGCAGCUGAAUCUAUAAUGAUGUACACGGGAACUUUGCGUUUGUAACCCGCAUCCAGCAGGUCUCUGAAGAUAUCCACGUCUGUAAACACGUCCAUCACCACGGCGAUCACCUACAAAAAAAACACAGGAAGACACAAAUGGUGUUAGUUUUUCCUGCGCUGUUAGGGCGGAUUCAGAUUUGAGCGACUCCUAUAAACAAAAUUACAGCCAGUCAUCCACCAAAGGAAGCUGUGCAGUCGUGAUAACCACGGCGACUGAACGUUAAUUUAAAAACCCCAAAAAUGAAAGAAUCUGUCCGAACAGAAGGAGUCCGAUAAAGAGACGUCUGGAAACAGUCCAGUGACAGCACGGCGCCUCUUCACUUGACCCGGUUUGGAUUUUCAGAACUGUGACUGUGGCCCAAAGAACGACGACGCAGUAAAUAAGCAGAAGAGGAAAAACACAAAUGUAAAAAUCUGCUUUAUACUGAGUGUGUUUCUUGUUUCUGAUGACAGUAGUAACAAAAAAACGCUCAGGUGAAAACCAAAAAACAGCUCAGUGGAAAAAAAAAAGAAACUUUAUUGACUGGCUCGCUGCCUAAAGUUCCCUCCAAGUCAUAAAAAGGUUCUGAGUAAUGAAUUCGAGUUCUUGUUUAAUUGGGUCAAAGUGUGACAACAUGUGCGAGUAUUUAUGUGUGUCAGAGGAGGGGCGGGUUGUACACGGAGCUGGCGUUGAAUAGUUCAACAACAUCGGAUCAUUUCUUCUCCCUAAUGUCAGGAUCAGACUUGCUGCAUUUACAUUUUACCGUUUGCAUGUUUGAGUCUGUGAAAGGAAUGAGAGAAAAGGGCGAGGAGAGAGCGACACGUGAAGGAAGAAGUUAACUCUUGACUGAUAAACACGCUCUGGAUUAAACUCAGUCCAGCUUCAGACUAUUCUGACGUGGGCCUGUGUGCGACGAAAGAGGAAAGACAUGAACAGGAGUUUAACACGUAGGAUUUUCUUGUUUCAACAGAGAAACUCCUGAGUCACUACAGACCCAUCCACACGUCUACAUAUGGAGCAACAUCCACUCAGGAGAAAACUGCUAAACCUGUUUUCCUCUGGAUAGAAUCAGAGAACAUUGUUUGUAUAGUAGUCGAAUAGAUGACGCUCUUUAUGUCCACUUUUCCAUCACGCAGUAAAAUCAGCUCUAACUCGCUGCCCUGUGUUCGACUUGGAAAACCUAUAAAAGUUUGUCUCUCAGUGUCGGCUGAAGUAGAUCUGAACCUCUGUUUGUUUGUGUUGGAGUGUUUGGUCGGCUCACUGAAGGCAUAAAUAAAAUAAUUAUAACAUUAAUAAUGAUAAUAAUAAUAACAAUAAUUGUUCUCAAAAAUAUUCAAACACAGUUAAACAUUGAGGUCCGAAAACACAGAUCCCAUACAGAGCUGCUGUUGUUGUUGUUGUUUUUUCCUCACUUAAACAUCACGCCACAAAUACAAAGACAACGUCAAUAACCACAACUUACAACAAUCUACAAGACAAAAACAAAACCAGAACAACACAAACAACAUACACAUAUUACUGGACCUUAUUUUCACAGUGUAGCUAUAGUAAAUCAGACGAACACUGAUUGAUUGUACAAAGUAGCUUCAUCUCAAUAAGGAGCUUUUUGACUGAUAAUUUUCUCUUACUAGAUCUCUAAAUCUGUAUUUGUUGUUUUCGUGGAUAAUAGGGGAGGGUGGGGUAAGUUGAGCCACCCCCUGUCGCUUGUAAAUGGUAAAAGUAAAGUGAUCAUGUGACCAAAUAUUGAGGAGAUGAGGAGAAAACAUUUCAAAGUGAAUUUAGUCACGUGAAUGUGAAGAAGUGACUGUUAUUCAGGGAGAGACAAGGUGAGGGAGGGAUACGGCUCAACUUAACCCGCUCCUAUGGUCAACUUACCCCGUGUAUGGGGUAAGUUGACCAUAGGAGACCACUCUUUUUUGCAUGUUAUAUUAACAAUAUCACAGUUCUGUUUACACUCAUUCUGUUGGUUUGCAGGGAUGAACAACAUCCUGAAAUACACGCAGAUACACGAGUUAGAGACUAAACUAGGAUUGACUUGAUGUAGUGAUCCAAAAUAUGAAACAUGGUUCUUCUUGCCCCACUCUCCCCUAUAUCCUGAUAGAUUACUCCACAUCACCAUGACCCUCAAAUACAUGACUGAACUUCACAUCUGGUUUGUUUUAAGGUGAAUUUACCCUCAGUCAGUGGGUCAGUCAGUGAUAUUCUUGAUUUUGAAACUACAGUUAGUUGUUUUUGUUAACACACACACACACACACACUCACACACACACACACACACACACACACACACACGCACACACACACUUACCCUCUGGGCUGAUGCAAUGCUCUUCCUCACCACCUCUUUAAUGUGUGUGUGUCCCUCGGUCGGAGGUUGAGUGUAAAUGGUCACGCGCGUGACCCCUCUGUAUGAAAUGGCCUCGGGCCAACCCAGGUCCAGUUCUGCCACCGAGGCCUCAGACCGGUCCGGCCAGUACUGGAGGGACACCUCUCCGUCUCCACCAUCCUCAAACAUCGCUGCGGACCCCGGGGUCAUGUUCCCCGGCCCCGGGCUGUUGUAACUCGGACUGAGGACCUCCGGUUUCUGGUGGUGCUCGUGCCCCGGUCUGUAGGCCUCUGCUAUCUGUGAGAUCCGCUCCAGCUCCGGUUCCGAGAGAAACUCCCGGACUUUAUGUUUGUGGAUGAAGUCCAUGAAGGCAUCUCGGCCCCGGGUGACGAGGGCCUCUAGGGCCAGCCUCUGAUCCUCGCUGUAGAAGAACUCGGGUUUACUCUCGCUCACGCGCCAGUUGACGUGGUGGUCGUCCAGACACUGGAUCUGAGACAACGCCAUGACCCGGUUUUAGUUAAGACCCAGUAAAGACUCUGAUCCAGAUCCGUGUCGUCGGUCCAAACAGUCAAAAAAAUAACUUCUCAUUACGGUCCAUAUCGUGUCCGCGUGACCCGUAAACAGACCCCCUCCGCCUUGGUUCGGUUCUCAUGUGACUCAGGUAGACCUCCAGUUCCUCACCUCAGAUCGCAUGUUUCUGACACACACUCAUACACACACACACUCACACACACUCAGGUGUUUUCCGAACAAGGCUCCUCCACCCAAAGCCACGCCUUUCACCUGACGGGGGCCGGACCCGGUUCAGCCGCGGGGCCCGGACACGGGGGCGAGUCUGCCGGUGAGUCAAACCCGAGCGGGACCCGAACUUGAGAUCAAGAAGUGAGACACUAAUCCUCCUCUAAUCCUGUAAAAGUGUCGAAACCGAUACUGAGUCAGGCGGACGGUUAUCUUCGGUUCUCUUCGGUUCUCCUCGUUUCUCCUCGGUUCUCAUCGGUUCCCCAAAAACUCAAGAAACUUGCUCAUUUCACCGACGUGGCGCUGCGACUCUUCACUUCCUGUUGCUCUGAAAUCUCGUCGGUUUUCUUUUUUUCUCUCUCUUUUUUGUUUUUUUCUCGAAAGUUUCUUCAGACAAAGUUCUCUCUCGGGUCCAGAGUGAGGGGGGCGCGGAGUGUCUGACCCUGGAAUCCGGUAACGGAAGCUCUGAUAGCGGGUAGAGAGAGGCGGAGUGUCCGGUAGUUGGUUAGGAAAGAAAGAGAGAGAGACAGAGAGAGAGAGAGAGAGAGAGAGAGGGGUUCCUCUAAACUCCACCCUCCAGUCUGGGCAGACAGACCAAGACCUGACCCAGUUUGACAAGUUUACAGACACAGUUCUGCUCUGAAUGGUUGUUUUUCACCCAACCAUUAGAAGAAAAAGAACAACUUUGAAGCUUUACAUGAUUAUUCACUGAAGGAUUGGUUUAUGUUUACACUUUUAACAACCUUUAGUAAUUAAAAAAAUAAUAAUAAUUACUACAUUCAAAGGCAGUGAAUUACCCCAGGGUGUAACCUAACUAUAAAUCCACAAGAAACUCCAGCUUUAACCAUAAUGCUUUUAUAUCUUUCUACCUUUAUGAUCGAUUGAUUGACGUUUAUUUCGAAUAUGCAAACCACAAGUAUUUAAAAGAAAUAAAACAAGAAAAGUAAGGCAAAACAUUUAAACAUAAAACAUGGAAAUACAUACUGGAAAAGGAGUGAGAGGAAGAAUAACUGAUGAGCUCCCACAUCGAGCUUCCUUGCAACUUGUUUAGAUGUACCUUAUAAUUAUAGAUCAUUAAAGUACGUUCCGUCCUGUGAUUUUGUAUUACAAAAGAAAAUCUACAUCCACUUAAUACAGCACACACAUAAAAACAACAACACAAAAUAAGACAAGAAAAAAAAACCUUUACACAACACUCAGGUUAGGAAACAACUGAAGUUAAGCUGUACAUAUAGACAAAUACAAUUUACAUUUAAAUUUUUUAUUCACUAUUUGAUAUGAAACAAUAAAUAAAAAAGUAAUUCCUCACCAGAAACUAUUUUGAUAAAUAUUUUCAGUUAAAAAUGGUUCAGUUGUUAAUACCAACAGUUUGGUCAGAAUACUCUCUAAUAUAUUCUCUAAACCAGUGGUUCUCAACUGGGACCCACAUUUUCCCAUGGUCCUUAAGUUGCGACCCACUUUUCUAGAAUUCAAACUGAGGAAAUGUAUUUUUUAUAAGUAAAAAACUCCAAUCUUUAACAUAAAUCCAUUUGUUUCAUUGAGUAAAGUGCAUUUCAGAGCACAUGAAGGGGACAACUACUGGAGUUUCAUAUACAGAAAAUAUCACCACCAGUUGAGAACCACUGCUCUGAAAUCCUCUCUUAGAUGAUUUGAAAACAAAGUUCAGCGUGUUUGUGUUUCAGAAACAUAUUUGAACCUGUGCAGAAGUGGAAAACAGAGCAAAGCUUCAUGAAUUCUGCAUGGGGAGAAUAUUUGGUUACGACCCGCUGUGACCCGUGUCUUCCUGUUUCAGACUCAGUGGGAUGCGUGGAUCCGGAGGAGUGUGUGCGUGUGUGUGGAGCUGAGGUCGGAUGCUCCAAUAUCGCAUUUCCCAAACUGGUUAUUGAACUCAUGCCGAGCGGUGAGAAAACCACAGUCAUGACAUCAUCAAUUAAAAACCUGUAAGUUCAUGUCUGAAACUUCGAACCUGUGUGUGUGUGUGUGUGUGUGUGUGUGUGUGUGUGUGUGUGUGUGUGUGUGUGUGUGCGUGUGUGUGUGUGUGUGUGUGUGUGUGUGUGUUUAAUACACGCAGGCUUGAGGGGGCUGAUGAUCGCUGUUAUGAUGGCCGCUCUGAUGUCAUCCCUGACCUCCAUCUUUAACAGCAGCUCCACCCUCUUCACCAUGGACAUCUGGAAGAAACAGCGCCCACGAGCCUCAGAGCGAGAGCUGCUCCUGGUCGGCAGGUAAGAGCGCCUCAACAUCAAACCUGCCCCCUUAUCAAUCAAUCAAUCGAUCAAUCAUGGAAGGGUUCAGGGUUAGGGAGGCCUGUGCACUGAGAGUGAACAUGCUCUCUUCCAGGAUCGUGACUGUGAUCCUGGUGGUGGUGAGCGUUGUGUGGAUCCCCAUCCUGCAGUCAGCCAACAGUGGUCAGCUCUACGUUUACAUCCAGUCUGUGACCAGCUACCUCGCCCCGCCUGUCACCGCCGUCUUCACUCUGGCCGUCUUCUGGAAGAGGACCAAUGAGCAGGUAACACACACCAGAGAGUCCAACAAGGGUCCAGUAGAGCUGCAACUUUCAGAAAUCUGAUUUUUUUGUGAAUUCAUGGUUAAUUUUUUAACAUAAAUCAGUUUAAAAUGUCAGUAAGGAUGUUUUUGAAUCCAGCAGAUAGGACUAAAUAAUCACUGAAUUUAGAGGUAAACAAAUCCUAAAGUCAGCACAGACAGGACCAAACUCCAUUCAAGAUUUACUCCAUUCUGUUUCACAGUGUAAUAAUAAUAAUAAUAACUUUAUUUUUAUGAACAGAAGUUUACAAAGUGCUUUGACAAAUAGUCUUAAAGCACAUGGAAAAAGACAAAAACAAAAAAAGGACCAAAAUAAAAACAUAAAAUAGGUAAGAAAAAUAAAAUGCAAUUAAAAGGCGGGUCGAAAGUGGAAAAAGGAUUGUAAAUAUAAAAAGACAAUAUCAAUAGUGAUAACAAAAUAAGAGCAAAUUAAUAGAGCAACAGAAAUGAGCAAAAGAUAAAACAAUAAAAGGCCUAAAAGGUUAAUUAAGAAAAGAGAACAAGUAAAACAAAAGAUAAAAAGACAGUAAAGCCGAAUGAAGAUAGAGAUAACAGAGACGACAGAUAAAAAUGAAAAGACGUGUACUGUCUUGUAUUUUCACCCUGUUUUUGUCCCUUCUCCUCCACCGUACUGAAGCAUGGUUUUAUCAGCUCCACAUGGGACCCAGCUGCCAACUUCCCCCCGGUGCACACAGUCCUCGUGCGCGUGCACAAGUGCACUCAUAUCUGUGCGUGUCAGCCACUCAUUUUAUGAAGUGCAUUGUUUAUCAUUUCCUCUGUAGUCACCGGCAUGACCGUACCGCUCCUUCACAAGAAUAACAAGAGUUAUCGCUCCUGGCUGAUAACAAAGUGUACGGAAGUGAAAGUGUGAUUAUGUGAGGAUGAAGAUUUACAGAGUGAGACAAAUGAGGUAUAACUCCUGCUGAGAAGAAAGUGUAUCGGCCCAGAGUUAAAAACACGCCUGUUGAGACGUCUUCUGUCUACAUGUAAGGACCAGUCAGCUGGAGAGUCACCACUGAAGCUCUGUUUCCUGGGUGUGUCUGCUCUCUGUGGACACGCUGUGAAGCUCUCAGACACAGACCAUCCUCACUCUGAAAAAGUUCUUCCUCUUUUCUAACACAGACUGACGUUUCAAACACUUUCUCUUCGUUUACCGUCUAAGGUACAACGACAGAGUCUGGCAGAAACACAGACGACACUGAAACCGUCUUUGUAACAUGAAGUGUCUUUUAGCUGUGCCAGCAGCAAUGUGGUUUUUUACUCCAGACUUAAAACCCCUGUGGGGACUUAUCUGGAAAGAUGACUGUUAGCUGCUGUAAGACCUGCAAGAGUUAAAGAUACCAUCACCAAGAAGAGGAGUGUGUCUGUAAUCUUAUUUAUGAUGUCUGAACGCAGCGGUGGAGGGUAUGUGUCAGCCCCGAUAAUGAAAGAGCAGUUUUAUUUUCACAUCCUCCUCAAAGAUGCCUGAUGAGUGAAACAUUUGAGCGUUUAAGGGAUCAGGAUGAGAAACACAAAUCACACAUGGACGACAAAACCAGCAGAGACCAAAGACCAACACAAACACCACCUUAGCAGAUUUGAAGUUGACUCUCCUGUAACCUGAAAUCAGACGGGUUGCAGACCAUCGACCCUCGGAGAAAGGAGAAUAAUGACUCUGUGCAACCUUUUAGUUUGACCACAUCUGCGUGCAGUUAAGAUAAGGAGGGCUGUGAAUAUCAGAGCGGCUUUACAACGAGUCUUUGAUAUUGUUUGGUGUCCGCUCUGAUAUCAGGCUGAUAAUAACAGGAACAGAUUCAGGGUUAGGGUUUAUAAACUUAUCUGUUAUUGUUUAUUUGAGUUCUCAUUUCUGCAGACUGUCCCUUUAAAUACAGCUUUACUGAACUCUGAUUUACCAACACAACAUAACAACAUAACAACUUUAAAAAUGUCUCAUUCAGUGAACUUGGACAGGUAAACAACAUUCAUAUCCCCCAGAGGAUUGAUCCCCAAAGUUUGAAAUCAUCUCUGUUUAUUUCACCAAUAUAGAAAAUAUCUGUGAGCUUCUGCAGCAACAACCGAGCUGUGUGAUAAACUCAGACAUGUUGAAACACAGAACUGAGGAAAUUACAGAAACAAACAUCAGCUGUCGAACCCGAGGUAGUGAGCAUCGCCACUGGGAUCACUGUUAGCCACGCAUGAACAUUCAGCUCGCUUCCCGUUAAAGUCGAGAAUUAAACUGCACUCAAUAUGUCACCUCCAGGUGACGUCAAUCAAUCAAUCAAUCAUCAAGCUUUAUUUAUACAGCACUGUCAGAUGCAGUUCAAAGUGCGUCACUAACUGAAAACAAAACAGCGAAGAGUGAAAAUAAAAGAGUGUCAAAUAAAAAUAAAAGACAGUAAAGGUAAAGACGAAUGCAAAUCUGUGUCAUUAAAACUUUAAAAGAGAUUAAAAUAAGUUCAAACUUUAAAGAUAAAUAUCAAAUCUAUAAAGUGAAAUGAGUAUAUAUGCAUACUAUUUUACUACUUUGUGUUGUAUAUAGUGUACAUACUUGUAUAUUAUCUCUUUAUUUGCACUGGAGUUACUGUAAUGAAAAGUAAUUUCCCCCUGGAGAUUAUUAAAGUAUUUCUGAUUCAGAUUCUGAGCAGCCUUUUGGAUGAUCUGCAGCUGGUUUCAGGUCUUCUUUGGUGGACCAGUAAGCAGAGCGUCACAGCGGUCUAACCUGCUGGUUAGAAAAGUCUGCAUUAGUCCCUCUGUGCGGCUCAGAGAGACGCGGCCUCACCUUUAAAAUGUCAAAUACUGUUUUAGUCUCAGAUUAAAUCCAGACUCAAAUCAAACACCUGGAUUUCUCACUGCUCGGCUCAGAUUUAGUCUCAUCUUAGAGGUCAGUUUCUCUCUCUGAGCCUUCGAACCCACCGGUGAGGACUUGAUUUGGACAUUUAUAGUCGCUGUAGCAGAGUUCAGAUCUGCACGGCCUCAUUUCUGCAGACCUGCAGAUGACCUGACUGAUUCUCUCUGUGGAGGAGUCGUCAAAUGUCACAGAUAUCUGUUAGCGUUUCACUUUAAACUCAUAAAGAGUUAUUGGGAAGGCUCAGCAGCAGCGGCAGCACUCUUACAUAAAGCGUUUCUUCGGUAUAAAUGCAGCUUUAUGAAACUCAAAAGGGGUCAAAGGGCGCAGGUUAGCGCACACUAGGAUGUGUCACAUGCUGACUUGUCUGACACGGCAGAAAGCAAACAGCUCUGAAGAGUUUGAUCGGGAACAUGACGUGUCUGUUUGAAGCAGAGCCGCGAGUCAAACUCAUAAAGUCUUAUUAACCCUGUAAUUAUGGCUGUAAAUCAAACUCACGUGGGGUUUGGAUGUCGUCUCUAUCUCACAGAGUCACAUUCAGGAAUCUGUGACACAAAGUGUUUUCUUCUUAUUUAUGGGAACCUAAAACCAUCAAGGAAGAUCUGAGCACAGCAGAUGACAAUGCAGCAAGACUCGUAACCGCCGUGUCAAUCAGAGAGAAGUAGGGUAGCUAAAGUAGGUUAGAGCUGUUUGACUUUGUGUCUCCUGACAUUCUCCUUAUUUUUAUAAGCGUGCGGUCGAACUGCACCGCUCACAUUCUUGGCUGAAGGUUAAAGAAAGCGGACGGAGAAAUAUCGGUGUCAGUGCAGCACGUGCGUACGUACUGAAGUGAGAAAUGACACGACAAUGACAGAUGAUCAUGGUGGGAAAGUGAGAGUGCUGCAAGCCAAGCCAGACACACCCGAGUGUGACCUCGGAUCAGCUGCAGGAAUUACCCUGACACUUUGAGCAGCAGGAAGUUUGACACAAAAACACUGUUAGGCGUGCAAUUUCACCUGAUUGUUGUUUAUGUGUGUUUGUUUGUGUGUUUGUGUGUAUUCAGGGGGCGUUCUGGGGCCUGAUGGUGGGGCUGGUGGUGGGUGUGUGCAGGAUGGUGCUGGAGUUCGCCUUCCCUCCUCCCAGAUGUGGCGUCGUGGACUCGGCUCCUGCAGUGCUGCGAAGCGUCCACUACCUCCAUUUUGCCAUCUUGUUGUGUGGACUCACCGCCAUCGUUGUGAUUGUCGUCACACUGCUCACACCGCCGCCCAGCCAUGAACAGGUGUGACCUACUUAAUAAGGACACUUCAUAAGGAAGUGAGCUGUUGAUAUAUAAUUGUAAUGUUUGCUGCAGAAGGUAAACAUAAAUCUGAGACAAAGGAAAACACACAUGACCUGAAAGUUUGUCUUUGAUACAGACAAAGAGGUCCAAUGACAGCAAUGAAUAAAGAAAUGACUGGAUUGAUUAAAGGUGGGGGAGGCAGGAAUCCGUUAAAGAAGCAUCUUUUUUUUGUGGUUUAUUUACAAAAAGCUUUAAUAUCAGUCAAUAGUUAUUAGUUAUUGAUGACGAUAGCAUGAUAUCUCUGUGUUCUCUUAUGUCUGUGUAGUCAACGUUUUAACAUUUUUGAGCGGUCCGCUCUUUCUGACUGUAAACAAAGACGUUCUCCACCUCCUCUAACCUGAUUGGUUGUGAGGCUGCUCCCCCGUGUCGUUCAGGAGUCCAAACAAAGUUAGCGUGCUACAAUAUCGGACAGUAGAAACCAACCAGAAAGUUCGGAAAAUUGUCUGAAUCCUCCUUUGGCCACGACUGCCGACACAAGCAAGAAAACAAAGUAAAUACCGGAGACUCUGGAGGAAUAACGGGCGCUUAAAAUGGAGGUAGACCGGACAAGAGCUAAAAAGCCGGGUCAACAUAAACGAUGGGGGACGCUUGGGGAUCUUGGUGACCCUGUAACCUUUCUGCUGGACAGGUAAACCGCUUUAACAAAGUAAGACAAGUGUCUGUAACAGAAGUGUUUCUUGUCAAACGGACCUGCUGUAGCGUGUUGUAGCGCCAUCGCUAAACUGUUGACCUCGGGUCCUGGACUAUGUCACUUUAUCCUAGUUGUAGAAGUCCUGAGUCCAAACAUUGUGUUUGCUGGUAGUCUGUUGGCAUCUACAGUAGCACCAAUGCUUUUGACUUUCACCUUGACUGUGCCCCAUUUGUAACGAUCUGAAGUAUUUAUCUGCAUUAUAUCUGAAUUUAAUUGGAACGAUACGAGCGAGCAGGAGCGUCUGUUUGUGGGCGGGGCUUGCUGGAGCAGAGAGGGAGGGGAGAGGAGGAGCUGAGGGGAAAACUGGUUCCUCAGAUCCUGACGACCCCACCUUUAAACAGAGAUGUCUUCACUUAGAUGGUCGGUCUGUACAUUCAAAAAACUUUACAUUCAAGUAUUGUAAAAUCCUUUUCUUAAAAAAAUUGAAGUUAAAGUGAAGUGAAUUUCUCAUGAGUGUAAAAUUAUUAUCAGAAAUCAGUGAUAAAAAUGAGAGUCAAAGAGUGAAAUCAAUCCAAAGCCGUUAUAUCAGGCAGUCUGUGAUUCGCUCUGUCAUUCUGUUUUAAGGGGGAUAGACCAAUACUUAAAUCUCACUUAAUUCUUGGGAAACUAAACUAACAUCCUGUUGAAUUUCCUUUUAGGGAUAAAUAAAGUUCUUCUUAUUCUUAUCUGACUCCUUGAGUGUAACACAUCUAGUCUACAGCUAAUAACAGGGUCACUGUCACUGGUUGUCCGGUGUCUAACCCCUGUGGGCACAACAGGCAGACAAACCUGCUAAAGGUCAAAUAUUUGACGUCUUUUUGAAGCUUUUGACCCAUUUGUCUGAUCUGACACUCCUCUGGCCUGAAUGUGAACCGGUUGAACAAACAGCUGAUGAAAUCGCCUGUGGUAAUUUUGGGAGGAUCAGUCCGAACUGCAGAAAAACAGAUGGUUUACCUCUCAUGUAUGCAGCUGACUGUAAACCUCAGAGACAGUGAUAGACAUAGGGAAGUAUUACACAGUGACUCUGUCUGCUCUCUGACAUGGCAGACAGUCAGCCAGAGCUCAGGACUUUAAGGGGUGGAGAUGACGUUAGAGCUAAGAGCUGUAGGCCCACAGAAAGGAACAAUAAAAACAGACUGGAGACUGAAAACAGCUGGAAAGAGACGCAGUGUGACCAUGAAAUCCUGAUACCAGACCAGGUUCUUCUCGUGUUUAUCGAAGCAGACGUGAACUUUGUCUUUGUUUAAAUCCUCUCAGACGUCACACAGUAGGUUUGGUACUUCUCUGAAAUAACUAAAUUAUCUUUUAUUCAUUUAAAUGUCUGUUUUCCUGUCACCUGAGGUUUGUAAUCUGACCUGGUGGACUAUAACCGAAGAGCCACAAAGAGAAAUUCCUCUACAGAAAGUGUCCUCUGUCAGCCACCGUAUCUCUCAGGGUGAGUGUCCGAUUAUUCAGGAAUAAAACCAGCCUGCAUGUGAUUUACAGUCAUCUCCAUCCACUUCCUGUUUCUGCUCCCUGAAUGUGUGUGUGUGUGUGUGUGUGUGUCUCUCACAGGCUCUGAGCCAACUCGGCGGGUCACUUGUGGUCAGGCUGCAGGACUGUGUAUCUCAGCAGCUCGGCGGUCAGAGGAGACUCCUCCUCCUCCUCCCAGAGUGCAGAGCGUCAGAGAGAGCGUGUUCUGGUCCAGGUUCUGCUGUGCGAACGCUCUCCUUCUGGUCAGCAUUAAUAUCUUCCUCUAUGCGUACUUCGCCUGA